AUGAAUACUUCAUCCAAAUUGGAUAGAGACUCUGAUCCUAAGAAGGUUAAUCAUUUCUUGUAUAGGAGUAUGAUUGGUAGCUUGUUGUAUUUGGCAGCAACCAGGCCAGAUAUUUCAUUUAGUGUAGGUGUUUAUGCUAAGUAUCAAGCUGAUCCUAGAGAACAACACAUUCUUGCAGUUAAGCGUAUUAUUCGUUAUGUCAAUAGCACAUUGAAUUGUGGAUUGCGUUAUUCUUCUGAGUCUAACUCUGAGAUUGCAGGCUAUACUGAUGCUGAUUGGGUUGGUAACAAUGAUGAUAGAAAGAGUACUUCAGGUGGUUGUUUCUAUAUUGGUACUAAUCUUGUUUCAUGGUGCAGCAAGAAGCAAAAUUGUAUAUCAUUAUCGUCUUGUGAGGCUAAAUACAUUGAUACUGGCACUUGUUACACACAAUUGCUUUGGAUGAAACAAAUACUUCUGGAUUAUGGAGUUAAUCAAGGUACUAUUUCUAUCUUUUGUGAUAAUACUAAUACAAUUAAUAUUUCAAAUAAUCCAGUUUUGCAUUCAAGGACUAAGCAUAUUGACAUUCGACAUCACUUUCUUAGGGAACUUGUUGAACAAAAUGUCGUGUCUUUGGAAAAAGUGCAUACUGAUAAGAAUUUGGCUGAUAUUCUCACUAAACCAUUAGAGGUUCCUAAGUUUUCUCAUUUUAGGAAAUCUAUUGGUGUCUGUUGUCUUGAUUAG